GGAAGACGGGAGGGUGGGAAGAAAAAAAAAACUGCGGCGUUGCGCACAAUUUUUCCGGAGUGCCUUUUUUCCCGCUGGUGUGAUUUGGAAGGCGCCUGUUAGCGUUAGCUUGCGUUCGGGCCGAAGUCGAAUUGCCUCUGAGACCUUGUGAAUCUUUUAACGCGGCGGACGUUAUUACGUUGUCAUCCUUUCGUCGUUCCAGGGACGGACGGGCUGACAGACAUCCAUCCGUCAGUCGGUCGGUCAAUCACAUGGCGCUGAGACGAGGACACGUCAGGUACUUGAAGGUGUGCGAGGUGCAGGCGUCCCAGAAGGACGUCAGAGACGCUCAAGGAGCCGCCGCGGCCAAGGAGAUGUACGACAACGGCUACGGCGAGCACGCCAUGGAGGACGACAACGCCAGAACCAACCUGAUCAUCAACUACCUGCCGCAGAGCAUGAACCAGGACGAGCUGCGCAACCUGUUCAGCAACGUGGGCGAGGUGGAGUCUGCCAAGCUGAUCCGGGACAAAGUGGCGGGCAACAGUUUAGGUUACGGCUUUGUUAACUUUGUUAACGCUAGUGAUGCCGAGAGGGCAAUCAGUUCCCUCAACGGCCUGAGGCUUCAGUCUAAAACCAUCAAGGUGUCGUACGCGCGCCCCAGCUCGGACACCAUCAAAGAUGCCAAUCUGUACAUUAGCGGCCUGCCGCGCACCAUCAGCCAGCAGGACCUGGAAGACAUGUUUGCUCGUUACGGACACAUCAUCAAUUCUCGCGUGCUGGUGGAUCAGGCGUCGGGUUUGUCGAGGGGCGUGGCCUUCAUCCGAUUCGACAAGAGGGCCGAGGCCGAGGACGCCAUCAAGCAGCUCAACGGGCACACUCCUCCCGGCAGCGCCGAGCCCAUCACGGUCAAGUUCGCCGCCAAUCCCAACCAGGCCAGGAAUUCUCAGCUGAUGUCUCAAAUGUACCACGGCCAAUCGCGGCGCUUCGCCGGGCCCGUGCACCACCAGGCGCAGAGGUUCAGGUUCUCUCCGAUGAGCGUGGAGCACAUGGCCGGAGGGGGCGCGGCUUCGGGAGGCCCGUCGGGUUGGUGCAUCUUCAUCUACAACCUGGGCCAGGAGGCGGACGAGGCCAUGCUGUGGCAGCUCUUCGGACCUUUCGGCGCCGUCAGCAACGUCAAGGUCAUCCGCGACUUCAACAGCAACAAGUGCAAAGGCUUCGGCUUUGUCACCAUGAACAACUACGAGGAGGCGGCCAUGGCCAUCCACAACCUCAACGGCUACAGGCUGGGGGACAAAGUCCUCCAGGUGUCCUUCAAGACCAGCAAAGGACACAAGUAGUAGACCGCAGGUCCCAGCUUGUUGCUUUUUUUUCCUUUUUUUAAGUUUGGCUUUCCUCGUCCACCUGUAGCGGACGCUCCUUUUUGCUGUCCCGAUCUCAACUCGUUGCUUUGGUUUAACUUGUCACGGGGGCGUCGCCUUCUCACGCACCGACUCCAUUUCUUCCCAACAAUGUUGCUCGUUUGUCGUCCGAUCACCUCGACUCAAUAAAAAGCCAUCCAAAAAGUC